UUUACGUCAACUGAAGUCAAUAUGUUCAUAAGAGAUGCACCAGAUGACACGUAUUUAAUGCUAAAGGUAAACAUUCGUCACUUAAACUAAUCAUACAAUGAUCACAGGUUGUUCUAAUAAUUGGAAUCAGCGGAGCUUGCAGAAGGGAUGAACUGACCAAUUUCUGCACAAAUAAGAUCCAAAACAAGGAUGGCGUUCUCAUUGUGCACAUUCACAACAACAAAAAGCAAUAAAGAGAUAACAUUUAUAAUUUGCAACUCCAAUGAUACAAGGGCAACAAACGUGGUGACAAUGUGUAAAAAAUAUUUUAGUUUACGACUCACAAACUUGAAUUCGAACCGAUUGUUUAUUAUAAUGCUGGAAAAUGUGUUGGGUCAAACGUUGGUUACCACACAAUUGAUUGUAUUCCAUCGGAUACACUUCUUGUAGACUCAGGUGCGGAUAUACUCACCUUAAAAAGACAUGGCGGAUGGAAAAGCAGUUGUAUGGCGGAAGGAUACCCUGGGUAUAUUAAGGAAUGGCUUAAACAUUCACCACAAAGAUUGAAAAAAGAAAAUAGAAAAACCAAUUAAAUCUAGCUACAACUUUGAUGGUUCGUUUUGUUCUCUUUUUUAUAAAAUUUUGUUCUAAUAAAAAAUAAAGUAUCUUUGUUUGCAGUUUUGGUAUCCAAGUUAAAAUGUACAAACGAAAAAGAAAAAAAUGUGUUAAUCCGAGGCAUAUGUACAGCCCAAUAGCAGAAUCGGUGGAGUAACUGGGUUAUUUUAUAAAAUAUCGUUACGGUACGAUCCGUUGGGGAACGAUAACCGUUCAGUGUCUGAACGAUGAUGCUCGGAACGAUAUCGCUAAGCAAUCGUAUUUUGUAACUCCUUCCGUUACGAGUUGACCUUAAACGCUUGCCCGAACGAGCAGCUUUGUAUUUAUGAAUGAAUAGUAACACUUGCUGCAAACUUCAUGUUGUUCUUGCCACCGGUUUGACAGUUCAACUGCUGACAUUUCACGUGUGUUUGUUGUGAUUCAGUGUUGUUAGCCAUUCACCACGUGCUGCCGUAUUCAAAAAAGUUACAAAAUGAGUACACAGAUUACGUCCAAAAAGGCCCGCUCGUCGAAAAUAACUGCUGGACAAUAUUCGCUGUAUUUAGAAGAACUGCAAGCGAAUGAAUCGUUUCGAACUAUUAAGUUCAACCCCAAGAACCCCAGCAUCUUGGAUGAAACGUGGAAUUCGCUUGCAGUGAAGCUAAAUGCUGCAGGUGGACCCAUUAAAACGGUCCCCCAGUGGAAAGAAAGAUUUGCGGACUGGAAGUGUAACGUCAGGAAGAAAGCCCGAAAGCUUGAACUUUCGAGGGUUCGAACUGGCGGAGGACCACCUGAUGUUCCACUUUCAGAUCUGGAGAAUCGACUGUUGAAUCUGAGCGGUAGGGCUGUCGUUAAUGGCAUUGAAGGGAUUCGGGAACUUGGCUAUGAUAAUCCCAUUGAAGCACAUGGGGCAGUCCAGCCACCUCCAGCAGUCCAGCCACCUCCAACAGUCGAACCACCUCCAGCAGUCGAGCCACCUCCAGCAGUCGAGCCACCUCCAGCAGUCAAGCCACCUCCUGCAGUCUAUCCACCUGAAGCAGUUCGGGCACCAGCUACGAAGAAGAAGUUGACUCUGGCGGCAUCUGUACGAACUUUAAUGGACGAUGCCACCAGAGAUUCAAAAAAAACAACGCUUGAAGAAGUAAACGAGAGUUUAAAGCAAGUCGUUGAACUUGAGCAGGAGAAGGUCAAGGUGAAGAAGGAGAAGCUGGCCAUUGAGAGGAUGAAACUUCAAAUGAAGUACCCCGACAGAGAAUUUGUGUUUGAUACUAAUUGUGAUUAG